AUGACAACCAAUUCAUUCGGCUCAGCGCUUCCCCGCUUCGACUUCCCCCGCCAGCCCGCUGCCCCCAAAUUGACAGCCCAAGCGGCUCGUGCGUUCCCCACUGCCGCCAUUGUCGCUACAGCUGCGGCUUAUUACUACACAUAUUACUACGCUCCCAGCCGGGAGUAUCACAUGUACACACAUUCAUCGAUAAAAAAUAGCUCCAUGUUCCAGAGCACAAGGAGUACAAAGCCCAAGGCGGAGAUAACGCCUUCGGAGCGGAUGGAAGAAAUUGGGUUAUGGUGGACGGCGUAUUGA